CUCCGUACUUGGGCUAAUUUAUCUAUAGGCUUCCACAGUUCAUUGAGAAGAUUCAAGCAGGAAUGCAGGGGACGAUAGCCUCGAGGUGUCUUAGGGCUAGCAAGCUCUUCUUCCCCAAAUCAAACUACUCCUUUACUCUGAAUCACUCUCCCUUCCGCUCGAUGCAUCUCCAGUCACUCAAUGGCGGCACUUCUCUUCGCAUUGGCCACUUCAAUCGACACCAAUUUUCCACUAAUCGAUUCAUGCGGCUGCCUUCAAGAACCGCCAGCCGCUUCUCGUUGAGACAAGUCAACGCCUUUCUCUCCGAUUCUCCCUCCAAAAAUCCCCCAAACCCUGUUCGUCUGCCCAAUGGGUAUGCAAUGUUUUCUACAGAUGGGGGAGAAUUUGGCAAAAAACUUCCGGUUAAGCAAGAACAGUCAAGGAAGUUCGUCAAAGGAGGACCGAGCAAUCAGAUAACUGACAUGAAAAUUAUAACCACUCUAGCAAAAAGCAUCUGGAUGAAGGAUAAUGUGGAGUUCCGACUGAGAGUGGUUGCGGCGUUGGGUUUCUUAGUUGGGGCCAAGGUAUUGAAUGUUCAAGUUCCUUUCCUGUUUAAGCUUGCCGUUGAUGGGUUAACUACAGCUACUGGAAACGCAAGCACACUUGCUCAGUUUACUGCUGCCAAUUCAACCUUUUUAGCCCUUUUUGCAAGUCCAGCUGCAGUUUUGAUCGGAUAUGGGAUAGCACGGUCAUGUGCAUCUGCUUUUAACGAAUUGCGAACAGCAGUUUUCUCUAAGGUUGCACUUCGAACAAUCCGAUCUGUUUCUAGAAAGGUCUUUUCACAUUUGCAUGAGCUUGAUCUUAACUACCACCUCAGUCGAGAAACUGGUGGGCUAAACCGGAUCAUAGAUCGUGGUAGCCGUGCUAUUAAUUUCAUUCUUUCGUCUAUGGUCUUUAAUGUUGUUCCAACAAUAUUAGAGAUUUCUAUGGUAUCAGGUAUACUUGCUUACAAAUUUGGAGCACCAUUUGCCUGGAUCACUUCUCUGUCUGUUGCUGCAUAUGUUGCUUUCACAUUGUCAGUGACACAGUGGCGAACUAAGUUUAGAAAGGAGAUGAAUAAAGCUGAUAAUGAUGCAAGUACAAGGGCUGUUGAUUCCCUCAUUAAUUAUGAGACGGUGAAGUAUUUUAACAACGAGGCUUAUGAAGUUGACAAAUACGAUGAGUUUUUGAAAAGAUAUGAAGAUGCUGCUUUAAAAACACAACGUAGUCUUGCACUUCUGAACUUUGGGCAAAAUGCAAUAUUUAGUACAGCUCUUUCUGCUGCUAUGGUGUUAUGCUCUAAUGGAAUAAUGAAUGGUACAAUGACAGUAGGCGACCUGGUUAUGGUUAAUGGCCUCUUGUUCCAACUUUCUCUUCCACUCAACUUCCUUGGCAGUGUAUACAGAGAGACUGUCCAGAGUUUGGUUGACAUGAAAGCUAUGUUUCAGUUACUAGAGGAGAGGGCUGAAGUAAGAGACAUAGAUAAUGCCAAGGCUCUGAAGUUACAUGGGGGUAGCAUUGAGUUUGACAGUGUUCACUUCAGUUAUUUGACAGAUAGAAAGAUUCUCGAUGGGAUAUCUUUUAGUGUGCCCGCUGGAAGAAGUGUUGCUAUUGUAGGAACCAGUGGAAGUGGCAAGUCAACCAUUCUUAGAUUACUGUUCAGAUUCUUCGAAACCCAUUCUGGAAAUAUAAGGAUAGACGGUCAAAAUAUCAGGGACGUAACUCUUGAGAGUCUUAGGAAAUCUAUAGGCGUUGUUCCACAGGACACUGUCUUGUUUAAUGAUACUAUCUUCCACAAUAUUCAUUAUGGUCGACUUUCAGCAACAGAGGAAGAGGUAUAUGAUGCUGCACGACAAGCGGCUAUUCAUGAUACUAUCAUGAAGUUCCCUCAAACAUAUUCAACUGUUGUUGGAGAACGUGGACUUAAGUUAAGUGGUGGUGAGAAGCAGCGGCUGGCAUUAGCUCGCGCAUUCCUCAAAUCACCUUCAAUUAUGCUUUGUGAUGAAGCUACAAGUGCACUUGAUAGCACCACUGAAGCAGAAAUCUUGAGUGCCUUGAAGUCUUUGUCGAACAACCGUACUUCUAUCUUUAUUGCUCAUCGGCUAACUACUGCAAUGCAAUGUGAUGAGAUAAUUGUUUUGGAGGAUGGGAGAGUGGUGGAGCAGGGGUCACAUGAUGUUCUAUUGUUGAAGCAAGGAGGAAGGUAUGCCCAACUCUGGGCUCAACAACAGAACACUUUGGAUUCUCUUGACGCCGCCAUCAAACUGGACACAUGAUUAUAAUGCAAAUUAACCAUUUGGAAUAUAUCUUUGAGAAUUUUUUUACCCAUUUGUCCAUAGUGUACAUGAAGAAUAAAAAAACAUUCUGUUGCUUCCAGAAUCCCCAGAUGAAUUUAACAAACCAAUGUUCCCAAAAAAUGUCCGACAAGUUUCUUGGUCUUUUUUUUAAUGUUACUUCAUCCCUCCCAAAAUGAAGUUUUUAUUUAUAU